GCUGCUCCGGCCCGACAUCAGUCGCAGCUUUGAGGAGCCUCAAAGGCAGAUCCCAGCACGAGAGCCGCGGCGGCUGCCAAAGGAAGAGCGCUUGCAGCAGCCACAAGAGCGCCGCUUGAGGGAGAACGAAUCGAACACCUGCCGUGCACAGCACAAGGGCCUGCCGAUCCGAGCAGUCCAAUAUGUGCCGCAUCUUGUAGGCGAGCCUUUCCCAUUUCCGGAGUCCGAUCCGCAAGGCUACUACAAGUCAGUCUUCCAGAAGCUGCAUCAGCGAGACCUGCCUUUGAUUGGCAAUGCAAUGCAGGCAGACACGCUACGAAUUCGGCCUUGGCCGCUUGCCCCGAGCAACCGGAACGAGGCACAUGCGCCGUUCCUGGAGCUCAUGAGACAACAAGGCAUUUGCAAGUUGGUGCCAACGUUCCAUUUGGCAAAGCAUUACGCGGAGAUGCUGAAGCAAGGAAAGACGUCGCCGGAGACAAACUCGGACUCCCACCUUGCGACAGACUUCGUUCGUUUCGGAGGUACGGUGGAUGGUAAUGUCCUCGAGGAGAUUGAGAUGGUCGGCUGGAGCCUUGACCUUUCUCUCAAUCUCUUCCACCUUUUGCCGCUCGUGCGGACUGACUGUACGCUGGAGCCCAAAGAUGAAAGCUAUUCCAUGUAUAAGUCCAUGCUGGAAGUGAUCGUGGCAUGGGUCCGACAGCAAGGCAUCGCCGGGUCUGCUGCUCCAGCGCUUCGGGAGGUCCCCUUGCUGGUUCCACUGGACCUUUCGCAGAUUGACUGGACCCAGCGAUCUGUAGAGGCGAAGCUGAUGACUCUCCUCCAAUGCAUGGAACAGUGGAGCUCUCCAGUGUUCGGUGAGUUUCAUGACAUCCCGCGUACCCGUUGGCUUCUUUCCUUCGCGCUGCCAUACGAGAUGGAAUAUGAGGACUGUCAAGGUGAGCAGAAUCUUCGCUGCUUCCCUUUCGAAACACUCCUCAGUCAGUUGGCCACACGCCUCAGCCAGACGAACACAAGUGCCGUCAUCAUGGUCGGAACACAAGCGCUGAAGCCAGACCCCUCGAACAAUCCAAACCCGGUGCAAGACUAUGGCACUGAGACCGAGCCCGCGCGACAGCAGCUCGUCCUACAGAACGCCUACGAGAGCUACCUGAGGGUCAAUGAGACUCAUGGCAAUCUGGAUGGCUUCAUAUUGGAAGACCAUCAACUCGACGACCUCCAUGGCUUUGAUGCCAAUCUUGCCGUUCUAUGCUUGAGCCUUAGACUGGCCGGGAACGGCUUCCGUUUCUUAGACUUCGAGGUCUUGGAGAUGGGUGCAAACGCAUUCGACAUUGCAUUACAGGGCACAGUCUUCAACCUCGCGCAGAUGAUCUUUUCGCCUUUCGUUGGGACGAUGUCGGAUCGCAUUGGCCGCAAGAGGAUUUUGGUACUGUCGCUUUUUGGCGGUGCAUUUGUCAGCUUCCUCCAGGCCAAGGCUGAAAACUUGACGCAGAUGCUCGUCGUCCGAGCCGUUGGCGGCAUCGCUGCAAGCUCCGGACCUGUGGAAACCGCGUACUUGAUGGAAGAGUCGACCUCGGAAAACGAGCUGCGCGAGGUACUGGUGCUCCAGCGCAUUGUGGUGACCCUAGGAGCCAUCCUCGGACCUUUGGUCGCCAAGGUGUUCUCUCAUCUGAGCUUCCAAGACUUGUGCUACCUCAUUGUGGCUUCAAACAUUGCUGGUGCAUUCAUUGGUAUCUUCUUCUACUCGGAGCAUGAAACCGCCCAGGCUGGCUCACCUUCGAACUCGCCGACGAGGGCCGUCUCCCCCACCGCAUUCUCGCCAAAGAUGUACGCAGGAAGCAAGGCAGCGUCGCGCUGGUGGAGUCUGAUGACGGGCAGAGAGACCAGCAUCCUGUUGCUGGGCUCCUUUGUCUUCACCGCCAGCCUUGGCAUCACGGAGGGUCCCGAGGUCGUCUUCUUUAAGGAUUACUUCGGCUUCACUCAGAGUGAUAUGUCUGAUCUUUUGCUUGUGACCAGUAUCUCGGCACUGGUCCUAACACCUCUGCUGCCUACACUCCUCGGUUACCUGGGCGAGACGCGAGGCUGCAUGCUAGGCUGCAUUGGCGUUGGGUUUACCACCCUCUUCCUGAUCCUGGGAGUGGGCCUCCGCUGGGUGCCGGCAGCUGCGGCAGGCCUGUCUGUUGGCUUCUUCGGGUCAAUCUCUGGCCUGGGCUACAUGGCGUUGGUUCACUACCACGUGCAACCGGAUCGCCUGGGCAUGUUCUUGGGCAUCAAGUCCUUUGUAGAUGGUGCUGCGGGAGCCGUGUCGCCCGCUGCCGGGGGGUUCAUCUACACGAGGGGCCACUUCCUUCCCUAUGGCCUCACGUGUGGACUCUGUGUGGUAACCGCCGCCAUCUUCGCGAGCCUUACCCCGUUCAAAGACAAGGGGAAGGACAAGGGGCUGACCUUCGACUCAGAGACGGUGCCAAUGAUUGGGAAGGACAAGGAUAUUGAGUCCGAUGACGAGGAUGGACUUCCGAUAGCACACUUCAUGUCCGAGAACCUGCAGUUCAGCAAGAACAGCUUGCUAAAGCUGAUGACGAAUGAAAUUGGCAUCCUAAUGCACGAUGACCAGCUCAAGAGCUUGUUCUAUGCGCAGAAUGACCACGGAAGCAAGGGCUUUCGUCGAUGUGCUACCAUGCACGUCGACAACUUCGCGAAGGCAGCCGCCGGCCAGGAGAGCGUCCGGAGGCUCCGACAGCUGCGUGGUGCGAAGACGACGGAGCUGCUGCCGCCAGACCCCACACCUCCGACUUCUCCAGAAGCUGCAGCUGCAAGCGACGAGGUUUGA